GACGUGAAACAAAUGUUCAUUUCACUGUUAACACCCUUUAAAGCAACACAUUCUGCAGCCCAUAAUCAGUUGGUCACACAGGAAAAACUCCUUAAUGAAUUCAGCUGCCAGAACAGAAAACUUCAAAAGCACAGGAGACUGGCGUUCAAGCUGCCAGCGCAAAUCUAAAUAGGAUUUUUCACAUUCAUAAUGAAGUCUAAAACAGCGUGCUCCUAUUUUCUGAACCUUUUUACUGGAGCGGUCUAUUUUGCUUUUCCUCAGCCAUCCUGCUCCAGUGUGUGUGACAUAUCUGACAUAUGUGUCAAUUAUAUUGAACAGCCCAUCCAUCUGUGGUAUAUUUGGGUAUUCCUGGUUGUGCUUCUGAUUGUGUUGAUCCGUUGUUUGGUGGACUGUUGCCUCCAGUGUCGGACAAAGAGAAGAAAACUCUCCAGAAAAAUGGUUACUGUUGUCACAUUAAGUGGCUUGGAUUCCUUACAGGGAAAAGAAAUCUUGCAACAUUCUAAUUAUCAGACAUGGACUUCACAUGAAACUUUAGAGACCACAUUUUGUGCUGUAAAUUUUGGGGGGCUAGAGUCUGGAGCUCCACCUUCCUAUGAAGAACUGUUUUCAACAAAUAAAGCCCAGCUUGAAUUAUGACCACAACUAAUGUAUUAUCUUUCUGAAGCAAAGGAGAAGUCCACUUAGCAGGGAUUAAUAAAGCUGGAUGAGGAGAGUGUUAUCUUUCACGAGCUGUCAGCCCAUGUCUUUACCUGCCUUAUGCCGCGUACACACGAUCAUUUUUCGGCAUGAAAAAAAACAACGUUUUCAAAAACGU